AUGCGUUGCAUUCUCCUACUGGCAGCAGUGUCUGGUGUAAUAGCACAGAGUAUCUCUCAGAGCUCAGGAUAUGAAGAUGCCGAAAGGGUGCAGCCUGCCCCGGUGAACCCGGUAUCAUCUGAUGGGGGUGAUCAGCAAGGGUAUAACAGUGAUGGUGGGCCUCCGCUAACAGCUCCAGUUGAGCCUGCACCGCCUCAACCUGCUCCGGUUGCCCCUCCAGAGCCAACUCCACCUGAAGCUGCUCCAGCAGCAGCGGCACCACCACCACCAUCAACACAGCCCGCAACUGGAGCAGUGGCACCCCCACCGGUAUCAGGACCUCCUCCCGGCCCGUCUGACACGCAAUUCCCAUCAAAUGCCAACUACGAGGCCAAUGCAGCACAGAAUCCACCGCCAGCAAUAAGCGCUGGAAGUAAUGACGGACUUGCGUACACCAAUACGCUCCGCGUUCGCCGCCACUUGUAA